UUACGCACUACAUUGAAGUCGCUUUCUGGUGAAAAUGCGACGGUGACGUGUCCACGGUCCGUGAGUAGUUGUCAUCCUGUACCUUAGAGAUCGAAGUGUGGCUUCCCUCCGGACCGAUAGAAGAAGAGAGGCGCGUCAUGGGAUGCUGCCGGGGGAGCGCGCCUCGCUACGGCGAGGACUUCACCUUCGUCAGCCGCCUGGUCAAAUAUCUCCUCUUCCUUUUCAACUUCAUCUUCUGGGUCAUCUCUGUGGUGAUGGUCUCCAUCGGACUCUACGCGCGCUCAGUGAAGCACGCAGAGGCGGCUCUGGCCUACCUGUCCGUGGACCCUGCCAUCUUCAUCAUGGUGGUGGGCAUCCUCAUGUUCAUCAUCACCUUCUGUGGCUGCCUGGGCUCGCUGAGGGAAAACAUCUGCCUCCUGCAGACGUUCUGCAUCAGCUUGGUGGUGAUCUUCAUCCUGCAGCUGACCGCCGGGAUUCUUGGAUUCGUUUUCUCAGACAAGGCUCAGGCCAAGGUCAGCGAUGCCAUUACUCACGCCAUCGAACACUACAGGGAAGACAUUGAUCUGCAAAACCUGAUCGACUUUGGUCAGAGAGAGUUCGGCUGCUGUGGGGGCGUCACGUACACCGACUGGUCCGAGAACAUGUACUUCAACUGCAAGAAGGAUAAUCCGAGCCGGGAGCGCUGCUCCGUCCCCUUCUCCUGCUGCCUGCUUUCUGAAGAGAAGGUGGCUGUUAUCAACACCAUGUGUGGUCAGGGGAUGCAGGAGAUGGAGUACAUGGAGGCUCAGAACUACAUCUACACGGACGGCUGCGUGGAUAAGCUGGUCAACUGGAUUCACAGCAACCUCUUCAUGCUGGGAGGCAUCGCCAUGGGCCUGGCCAUCCCGCAGGUGGGCGCUCACCUCACGGCAUCCCAGGGUGUCGGGUCACUGGCUCUCUUCUCUUUGCAGCUCAUCGGGAUCCUCCUGUCUCAGAUUCUCAUCACCCAGAUCAAAGACCAGAUUAACCUGCAACAGAGCCGCGGGCUGUGGAGAUGAUCGUGUCUGGAAGCUGCGUCCACUCGGGACCAAUAGCCAGACCAUGUUCAUGAAAGCGUUUCAGUUCUUGAUUUAUUUAGAAAUAUGAACCAUUG